GAGAGAGAGAGAGAGAGAGAGAGAGAGAGCUGUUUAAUGACUUGUUCUCCAAGCUGGUAGUGCUAGAGAGCUCGUCAAGUAUAAAAGGGGGAGCUGGUGAGAAAACAACUUUGAUGAUUUUCAGAAGCUUUGGGCGGAAAGAGAUAGAAGCGAGAGGCUCCAAAUUAAGUUUCAUUUCUGCUCAACACCACUGAUUUAAUAAGGUAAUGUUUAGUUCAUGUGUUAACAUCUCUUUGAAUCAUUACAUCAUCAGCUCAUAUCAUUUUUGUACUUCGUUCAAGCAAAGCCAAUCAUGUCUUAUAUGUUAAAAAGUGGAAGCUUGUUGGGGAAACUUACUCGAUUGCUCUCGUCCAUCAUAAUAUUGUAGUAUAAUUUUGUUUUCUAUUUAUAACCUUUACACCCAAAAAAAAAAACACAUUUAUAACCCGGUUUUCGAGAUCGGUCUUGAGACAUCCAAAUGAAACAUUCGGUUUGAUCUCUCCCAAAUUUUUAGUGCUUAAUAUACAUGAAUGAUUCGGCUCUCAAAUUAUAUAUAUAUAUAUAUCAUCCAACUUUUAUACCGUAAAUGUUUUAUGUACCUUAAAUCUCAUGGCCCGUACCGUUGAAUUCUAAAUACUACAUGCAUUUUUGUGUGUUAUGCUUAUGCAUGUUUUCUCAAUCUUAAGGUUUUCCCGAUAAUAUAUCAGCCUAUCAUUUAUCAUGUACAGUUAUCAACAAAUUUAUCUACCAAAUGCAACAUAACUAAACACAACAUAACUAAACACAAAGAAGUGAUAAUUAUACAUAUGGAUGGAAACUAACGUUCUUUUUAUAUAAAAAGCAGUAGAUUUUUGUGAUUCAAAAAACUCCAUAUAAGGUUAUAGUCUAUAUAGAAGCUGAUAAUUUCUUCAUACAAGUGUUUUUUAUCUUGUGUGCUUGAUUUGUUUGGCUUAAUAUUCUUCAUUUUUACUCAACCCAUUGAUUUUUAUGCAUGAACUAUGAUCUGAAGCAGCGUUGCUUUUGUUCAAUAUUUAAUCUGUUAGGAUUUAGUAAAGAAGAAUAUCAAGCGACUAACUUUUGCCUAUGCUUUUUUCAACUAGAAUUUAUUUAUAUAGGGGGGCUUUAUGCCCUUCCUGCAAUAUUGAAAUAAAGAACUAAGAUAAAGAUUUAAUGACGCAUUACAUAUCUCUAUUUGUGACUAAAGCAUGAUCGACUACAACAGUACGUACCAUUUUUAGCCAUCACAAUAUCGAGUAUUCUAUUUGUAGUCAUUAACAAAUUUAUAUUGUUUUUUUUGGUAAAAAAAUUAUAUUAUUUUUGGCCUUUUAACGGUUUUAUGGCCUUGAAUGUUAAGAACAUGUAAUAUUUAGUCGUUAUCCAUAUGUAUCACGCAAGUGUUUCUUUUCUUAUAACUAUCUAACGAAGGUUUUAACAAGAGGCAGACACACUUGAGAGGAUGUGGGGUCAAAUGACACCAUAAAAAUCUUAUAAAUUUCAGUUUGUAGGCUAUUGUUUUGUUUAUUAAGUAAUGAACCCACAUCAUUUCCCAGCUGGGUCUGCCACUGGUUUUAACUAUGCCAUCGUCAUGAUAUUCUAGUAUUCUUUUGAUCAUAGUCCAGAAACGAAGUAAAAAGGGGCUAUAUAUAGUACAUUUGAACAAACUACUACAUUAUUUGUUUGGUAUGCUUUUGUAGAUGACAUUAUGACAAUCAACGUUUGGUGGUACACAAGCCAUGAUUUACACGUGGUAGAUAUAGAAAUUGCGUAAGUCUUAAUAUUACAUUCAAACGCAAACGAAUGAUGUUUUUUUUAAAAAAAUUAUGUUUUUUUUUUCAAUUAACUAGAAUACGUAGUAAAUUGAACACGCACAUAAAACAAAAAAGUAGCAUAUAUAUAAAUGAUUUUAUAAGAUUUGCGUAUGCAAAAAGUCGGCUAAAACGUUUGCUUGCCGCGUUACACAAUGCCCUAAUUCUCGUCAUCAUCAUGCGUGCAAGCUAUAUUCCAUUUCCUUAACGAUUCUCAUUCUUAGUCUCUUUUAUUUUAGUCUAUAAUUCUUCAAUCUUUAUUAGCAUUUCUAUGUUAAAGAACAACAUUAUUCAUAUUUUCAGAUUAUUCCUAAGAGGAAAAUGGGAAACCAAACAAGCAAAAAGUCACAAGAGACAUCGUUUAAGACCACAACGACAAACAUGCACUACACAACGGAGCUGAGAUCAUACGAGGCUGCAUGUAAAGCAGACACGGAGCUGCAAUCUUUCGACACAUGUUUACAUACACGGACAAGUCACGUGAUAAGCACGCUAGCUACGGGUGUUGAGGUUCGAGCGCUCUCGUUUGAUUCCCUCAAAGAAGUGACCGAGUGCUUGCUAGAGAUGAAUCAAGAAGUGGUGAAAGUGAUAUUGGACUGUAAGAAAGAUAUAUGGAAGAAUCAAGAAAUGUUUGAGCUCGUUGAAGAUUACUUUGAGAAUAGCUUGAAGACACUUGAUUUCUGCGCUGCGUUGGAGAAAGGGUUGAGAAAAGCUCGUGAUAGUCAGCUUUUGAUCCUUGUUGCUCUUCAGCAGUUUGAAGAUGAGAGCCUCGUUGAAGGUUGUAAUGGAUACGAGAAGACACUUGACGAGCUGAAGAAUUUCAAAGACGCAGAAUCACCUUUCAGCAAAGACUUCUUCAAGAUGUUCCAGUCUGUGUACAAACACCAGAUGCUGAUGCUUGAGAAGCUACAGCUUCGCAAGAACAAGCUUGACAAGAAACUCAAGUGCAUCCACACAUGGAGAAAACUCUGCAACAUCAUCUUCGUGGCUACAUUCGCCACUGUACUCAUCUGCUCUGUUGUGGCUGCAGCCAUUGCAGCUCCUCCCGUGGCUGCCGCUCUUGCCGCAGCUACAGCCGUGCCGGUGGGCUCAAUGGGGAAAUGGAUCGAUUCGCUGUGGAAGAACUAUGAGAAUUCACUUAAAGGACAGAGAGAGGUGAUCAGUUCGAUGCAGGCAGGGACAUAUGUGGCGGUUAAGGACUUGGAUAAUAUCCGGGUUUUGAUCGAACAGUUGGAGAUUGACAUCAGUGGGAUGGUGACGUGUGCUGCAUUCACAGUGGAACAUGAAGCAGUCAAGCUUGGGAUCGAUGAGAUAAAGAAGAAGCUUGAGGUGUUUAAGAAGAAUGUAGAGGAAUUAGGGGCUCAGGCUGAUUUGUGUAGCAGAGAUAUAAGAAGGGCAAGGACUGUGAUUCUGCAGAGAAUCAUCAAGCAUCCCAACAAUGCUAGUAGCAGCACCUGAAACCACACAAGCAACUCAGCUUCGUGCUAUGAAAUGUUUGAUGACUCUGUAAAGAAUAGUACAGAUUCUUUCUAAGGUUAUGUUUAAUAACUCAAAACUGUUUAUGAUGCAUCACGUUGCUCUAUAUAUUAUUUGAUGAUUGAAAACAAUGGGAGACGAGACUUUUUCACAUUUGGACUAUUAGUACGUGUUUUUUCAAGCCCUCUAAUAUUUGCUUAUAUCAGAGUGGGUUAACACACUAAAACGAAGAUCAUAAGUACACAUUAGAUCUGAAAAUCAGGGCCUUUAACUUAGUGAUAAGAUGAUCAAUUCUAUAAUCUCCUCCUAAAAGAGACUUGAUGAUACAACUGUCUCCCAUACGGAGUUCACUCUCAGCUUCACUCAUUUCAUCCAUAACUCCCCACACAAGACUCCCUGAGGAGAUUUUAAAGACAAGUUUCCUAUGCAAACUCAACAAAGCUCUCUCUGCCUCUCUUGCUCAACCUUAUCUCGUAAGAUAUUAGCAUAAACAUUAUCCUCAUUGUUAUCCAAUCAACCAUUUUUAGAAAAGCAUUUAGAAGAACAUUUAUAAGGUGUUAAUAUUGCUCUUCGUUCAAUACUUUCAAAUGAAGUUUCUGGUAGAACAUUUGCGUAUAAAAUAUAAAAUAUAUUUUUUCCAAAAAAUAAAUAUAAUUAUUUUAUUUUAUUUAAUAAUACCAAAAAAUAUGUUUAUAUCCAAAAAAAAAUAUUUUUAAAAAUAAAAAACACAAUUUUCUUAAAUAUAUUAAACUUUUUUAAAAUAAUAUUAUUUCACAUUUAAAAUAUAAUUAAAUUUAUAUAAUUAUAUGUGAUUCAUUAUUUUUCAUAACAAAAACAUAGAAUAAUAUAUAGAUUAUUUAUUUAUAAAUAAUAUAGAUAUAUUUGUAUUUAUAAUAUAUAUUAUAUAUUAAUUUUUAUGAUAAAUUAAUAAAUGAAAUCUUUCAGUGUUCUAUCAACCAACUUAUUAAAUAUAUAAAUGAGAGCAUACUGCUUUUAUAGCAUAUUGCUUUACGAAUCAAGGCUCUUAGUCUCGUUUGAAUCCAAAUAGGUGUUUCCUUAUACGUAUGAAGAUCAGGAAAAGCUGGAAGCCAUAAAGGAACAUGCUCUCCAGGUGGAGUUUCACCGAUUUUUCCAAAACUAGGAGCAAUUAGCGCAAUGCUCAAGUUCCACUCUACACUAAAUCACAUGAUAAAACUCGAGUCUUUUUCAAUCCAAUCUCUUAUGAAUUUCAUUAGAUCAACAAUAUAAAAGGGGUUUAAAAGCAAAUGAAACUAUUUUAGGGCAGCAAAUAUACUAAGUUUCAACUAAAGUUAAACAAAACACGAUGAUCUAUCUGGCUCGAAUCAGCAAUAAACUACAUUUCUAACUUUUCACUACCAUAAAAGUUUUGAAAUCUUCUUCUUACCAUAGGAAGAAACCAGGCAGGGACAACAGGAGUGGUGUGCUCCUAGAACUGAUCCAAGUUUGACCCAUCGUUCUGAACCUAUACCCGACCAACCCGUAAGAUCAAAAUUUUGUAUAUAAAAUACUUAAAUAAUAGUAUUUCACUUCAAACCAAUAUAAUCUAGAGCUAGAGACGUGAAAGUAUUGCUACAUGAGAAGAUAAACAAACCAUUUUAAGCUCGCAUAUAUCUCCCUCAAACUACUUCUUUAGUCAUAUAUUGAUGAGAAACAUCCCACAUCGGAUAUAUAAGAAUUAAUCUACUACUAUAUAAAGGGUUAGGGCCAAUCCACUGAUUGCCAAUUGGUUUUGAGUUGGAAGCCCAUAAUAAACCCGAUUCUAACAUGGUAUCAGAGCCCAGAUCCUAAUAAGUUAAACCUCUAAUUAAUAUUCACCCUACCCGACCGGGUAUAUAGGUCGUAAUUGACUCGCUCGACCGAGUAUAACUGUCUUAAA